CAAAACCGUGCUUGUGACUCUUCACACUCCUCUCUCUCAUUCUCCUUUGGAAGCCUCCAGAAGAGACGACCAAAAGGUAUACGCUUUUCUCGUUUGUCCAAGUGAUCCUCCGUAGCUGAUCCUAUGAGUACAACUACGAUGGAUCGAACACCGCCGGUUCUAGCAGAAUCUUCUUCCUCUUCUCGUAUUCAUCACGGUGUUGGUCACAAUGUAGAGAAGGAGCAGGACAGAAUCGGACUUUUGUAUCGUCCCGACGUUUCAAUAUUCAGUCGUAACAGUAGCGUACGCGAUUCUUCUCGACUGUCUGCGAAUACCCACCAUUCCAUCCUCAAUCUAAACGAAGAAGAAGAUGAUGACGACGCCGACGAGGACGACGAAUUCGUUCAUCGCAACGUCCACCUUGAUAACGUAAACCUACCGUAUACAAUGAAUACGGACUCUGCUGCUCAGGAUGAGGACAAUGACGACUUGCGCUCUACGGCAACCACCGACAAUUUUAGCGCGUCGUGCUGUGCCGGUCCACAGGCUCCGCUGCAAAGGUGCUGUGGUGUGACCCGCGAUUCUUUGAAUGCGUUACGGGCCCAGACGUUCGCAGCUAGUUCCAUAUUCGGUAACACCAGAGCACCGACGCUUUUGGAAUUCGUCACGCAACGUCUCGAAAGCCUGUGUUUCCCUUCACACGAUCAACAAACGCUUACUCCGCUGCGCGAUCCAGGCAACGGGGCGGCUCGGAACGGCGCCAACACGGCAACGACCCCGUCUUGGGUAAAUUAUCGGCUUUCCCUGGAAUACGACGUCCUUCAGUUGCUCGGCUGUGCGACACCCCCAGAUACGGACGAACUGGAGCGUGUUUGGGGGAAAUCGUCACGGGACAGCCCCUUCCAUGCGUCUCCUUCCAACCACAUCAUUGCCGAACCGCCUCGAGCCCGCAAAUUAUCCAGCCACGAACGAGCGGCGAAGGUUCGGCAUAUUGUGAAUUCUCGCUGCCGCAAUAAGACACGAACAACCGUUGUUUCACCAACGUCUAUUGUUGGACCGAUACCGCGCGCACGCUCCUUGGAUCCCACUAUGAUUUCGGCCAAGCAUUCGCAAACGACCUUCCUACCAAAGUUGGAGCCAAUUCAGGAUGAUACGGAUGUAGGCUACGAUAGUGAUCCGGAAAUUCGCAUGGGAUGGCACUCGGCUGCUUCGGACACCUUCCUUAUCAAACCCCAAUUCGAAACGGACAAUCAAAUCUACACAACCGUCCAAGAAACGUUUAAUCUAGUGUGGUCAUUACUGUUGCAUGAUUCUUCAGGGAAUCCCCCACAAACGAUCGCCGCUUGGAUGGAACGAGGGACCAUGGUACACGGUUCCAAAAUGGUGGAGCCUUCGCUCAUGUGGCGUAUCGAAACACCGUCACGUUCCAAAACGCUGCCUACCCUAGCCACACACCCUGCGCAACUUCGACUUCUGAACAUUUGUCGCGUGUUAACCCCGGCUCACAGCAUUCCAAACCAUCCCUUGGUCCGAGUAAAGCACGCAAUCUUACUGAAGACGACCUCACCAAGUAACGAAGAAACGUCGACGUGGGUAUUGGAAGCAGCCAAUCAAGCCGAACGAGACGAUAUCGUGCGCCGCUGGAAAGCAACUAUUGCGCGUUUUGCUUCCUUGGCAGUUUUAGAAGAUAUGGACAUAAUGCUGCAGGAAUUUGUGCAUGAUUCCCCGCCGGGAACCCCAUGA